AUUCAAACGUCGCGUUCCCGCCGUGCCAGUUUUUACCAACCACCGGCUGACGGCAAGACGACAACAGCGCACCGGACGGCUACGGCUACGGCAACGCUGGAACGGUGCAACCGGCUCGUCAUGGUGGACCCUCUGUCUCUUACCUGUCGUGGCAACGAGUGUAUUGCUCGUCCACACAUAAACGCGACACAGCCGGCCGCCGCAAGUCAACGACAUUUCCCUUAAUAACAAUCGUAAUAAUAACUGUUUGUUCGUUUGCAGUACAUAUUUUUCGUUGCUCAACGCGCCACAAUAAAAUACCAUACUCGGCGCAUCGUCUUGUUCUUAUUUAAAAGUGUGGUGUCACCGCGGGCUCGGCACAGACAUCCGCCAACACCCGUCAACACUGGAAACACGCGAAGACGGAUACACAACCCGACCGUGUCGAAUUGGCACCCCGUAAAGGAAUCACCGUACAAACAAUACCACACACAACCGCGAUGUCGGACCACCAACAGUCGGCGAGGGAAGACCCGUUGCAGCGGGUGGCAGAACUAUUGGAGAUGAACAGGAUCCAACAAACUACAGGGGCGGACCCCGGGAGAACAACGGCCAAUAUACGAAACAUGCCACUCUAUCAACUACAGCGGGACCCGGCACUGUGGGCAGCAUACAUACGGGGAUGGGAUGAUAAGACGACGGACGUGCACAAAAACCUCUGGCUGACGCAAUCAUUAACAUACCGACAACCAUCAGUACUAGUCCCCAGACCAACAAGGAGCGAAACACCCGCAGCCCACACAAGACGGGCACAGCCGGUAACGCACGCCUACGGUCCGCCGACUACGCCACACAACACCACGAUAACAACAACCAACACCACGGUGACAGGGCCGCAACCGGCAGCGACGGCAUCGGGACUGACAAAGCGGCAACGGAGAAACAAGGCGAGGUUCAUGGAGUACAUGGCAAAGAAGAAGGAGAGGGCGAAGGCGAAGGCCAGCAAACAACAUGAUUCACCCAUUACUCCCCAACCGCUGACAACAUUCCGGGACGACAGGGCUGUGGACGGACAUUCACCAGCCGGUUCAGCCACCACGGGACACGCAACAGACACGUCCGUCCCAAACCCACCGGAAACCACUGCGGAAGAGAUGGUAAUCACACCGGUGGAGGAGAACGAGGUGCUACGGGGCAAAACCCCGGAAUACACGAGGAAGGAAGACAACGACCAUGACACGUCAUGGUGGUCCAUGAUCUCGGCGGAGUCCUUCCCAAAAAAGAAAGAGUGACCAGGCAAAGCCAGAGCCACGCACCGCUGUUACAAGCCGGAAACCGUGGUUAGGGCCCGAGCCCGGAACCCCCCGAAACACCGGUCGGAUCGCCACCAUGACUGGCGGUUUGGAGGAGGAGUAUGACACGGACCCGGGAACCGGCGUUUGAAUUCGGACGUCGCGUUCCCGUCGCGCCAACUUUUACCAACCACCAGCUGACGGCAAGACGACACCAGCGCACCGGCCGGCUACGGCAGUGGAACGCUGGAACGGUGCAACGGGCAAUCGGGACGAAAAAACAUAGAUACUAUAAUUUUAUUCCACAGAUUAACUUACACAGUUUGAAAAUUUUCAUGUAAUAUUGCUUGAACGAAUAAGGUUUUUUUUUUUUGCGCAUCUUAACUGUAUACGUUGUUUUAUAUGUAUGGAAUUUCAUUUUAUUAAAUUAUGAGAAUAU